AUGGUUUUCUCAUCUAUUCCAGUCUAUUUAGAUCCUCCCAAUUGGCACCAGCAACCAAAUCAUCAUCCACUGGGAAGUACUACUACUGGAAAUGAAAACCCACUCGAGCUUCCACCGCUGCCUCUGCCGCCACUCACUCAUGUCGGUGGCCAAGGGAGUACUGGUGGUGGUGGCCCGGGCUCCAUCAGACCCAGUUCGAUGUCCGAUCGAGCCCGUAUGGCAAAGAUUCCACAGCCAGAAACCGCCCUCAAGUGUCCGAGGUGUGAGUCCACCAACACCAAGUUUUGCUACUUCAACAACUACAGCCUCUCUCAGCCUCGCCACUUCUGCAAGACAUGUCGGCGUUACUGGACCCGAGGAGGUGCCCUAAGGAAUGUUCCAGUCGGAGGAGGAUGUCGCCGAAACAAGAAAAGCAAAAGCAACAGCAGCAGCAGCAGCAGGUCCAAAUCUCCAGCAGCCACAAGUACCGAUCAUAUUCAAACAGGUUCCAACUCAUCUGAUCAUCAUAUGAUUGAUACUCAUUUGUCACAACUGCCACCGCCAACUCAUCAAUCCCUGCCAUUUCUGGCCUCAACAAUCCAAAGUCUUGGACGUUAUGGUGGAGCUGGGAACAUGGGAUUAAACUUCAAUGAGAUCCAGCAGGGACAGACUGAUCACCACCAUCAUAUGGGGUUCCAAUUUCAUCAGAUAGGAGGCAAUAAUAUUAACAAUUUAAAUGGUGGAAUAUUAGGAGGAGAUAACCAGUGGCGCAAUUUGAAUUUGCAGCAAAUUCCAUUCUUGGGUGGUUCUGGGUUUGAUUCAUCACCCUCAACAGGUUUAUACCAAUUUCAAACUGGUGAUCAAGGAGUUGAUCAUCAUCAUCAAGCACCAACUGAUCCUAUGGCUGCUAAUAAUUCUAGGGUUAAUAAUACUGGUGAUCACCUGCCCCCUCCAGUGAAAGUUGAAGACAAUCGUGGGCUUAGUUUGACAAGACCUUCUUUGGGUACUAAUAUUUCUGAAAACAACAAUAAUCAGUUCUGGGGUGGCAAUUUGAAUGCGUGGACAGAUUUAUCAGGCCUCAACUCUUCUUCCACAAGCCAUUUCUUGUAA